AUGGCAGUGAUGCAUGUGUUUUGGAUGCUUCAGAAACACUUUUUGAAGAGAAAAAGGAAUUUGUUUCUGCAAUUCAAGGCAUUUCUUUGUUGGCAAGAAGUAAUAAAAAGAACUGAAAUUUUGAUUGUUGACAAUAAAAGUAGUUUGCUCGAACUCCUGCAGAAGGUGCCUUGCUAUGCCAUAGCACUAGAUGAAUUAUACAACAUCUCUGAUGAAGAACAAAUGUCCAUUUUCAUGCGAUUUUUGGAUAUUGAAAGUAAGACUCGUGGAGAAGAUUUAUUCAAGACUUUUGAUGACUUCAUGGCAAAAUCAAACCUUAGUUAUGAUAAAAUGGUGUCUCUUUCAACUGACAGGUCCCCAGCACUGAUUGGCAACGAAAAAGGACUAGUAAAGAGAAUAAAAGGUAAGAAUGCUGUGCUGCUAUCUUAUCACUGCAUAAUUCACCAGGCAGCCAUUUUUGCAAAACCUUCUGUGGCUCUGAAAGAAGUAAUGGGCAGGUUGAUCAAGUUGAUUAAUUUUAUAAGGUCUCGUUCUGCUCACAGACAGUUCAAACAGUUCCUUUCUGAGUGUGAUUCAGCGCAUUCUGACAUAGUGCAGUACAACAAUGGUUGUUGGCUAAGAAAAGGUGAACUGAUUAAACACUUUUGGCAAAUAAAGGAAGAAGUAAUAUCUUUCUUAGAAAACUUGGAUUCACAAGAAGCAGGAAACUAUUUGGAGUUCCUAGAAAAUGAACACAGUACGCUAGCUGCGGCUUUCUUGAAAGACAUUAUUAAACAUUUAAAUGUGCUCACAACUAAGCUACAAGGAAAUGGAAAAUUAAUAUGUUAUCAGAUACAAAGCGUGUCUCCUUUCCAUUGCAAGCUGGAUACCUUGGAAACAGACAUUUCAAGUCAAGAUUUUUUUUCACUUCCAACAAUAUUUGGAUAUAAAAAUAAUUCUGAAAUUAUUCUACAGCAAGAUUCCUAG